AUGGGUUCACAAAGGACUGUUAAUACAAAGGAACAAGUUAGGGUUUCAAAGUUGUAUCUCCAAAGUAUGAACAAUAAUUUGAGAUUCAUCGUGUCACACGGGGGAAAGUUUGUUUUCGUGAAUGACGAAUGGAAGUGGACUGGGGACAAAACCACUUCCAUUUUAGUGCCGAGUAGUAUCACACUACCGGAGCCAUUGUUACGGUUGAACGAGAAACUUGGUGUUUUCAAUCCGUGCACAAAAUUGGAAUUGAAGUUCAAAGUUCCGAACAUGAAUAUACCGCCGGUCAAAAUACUUGAAGAUGAAGACAGCCAAGAAUUGUUCGCCGCAGCGGAAGAUCACCACACCGUACAGGACGACGAGCUCAAUCGUCAGCAAAGUAUCCCAAACAAUAAUGCAGCGGAUACUCCAAUUUUUGAUGUUCGGGCUGCACCAUUACAUGAGAUGUUUGACGAUCCCUUACAUGGUACAAAUACUGGUAAUAUUGCUGACGUUGAUGAAGAACUAUUACCACAUUCCAAAAGUCCGGAUACAUGCGACUGGAUUUUCACUGUGAAUACGCUGGAUCUUACCGAAAGGGAAAUAUUUUUUACCAAGAAAGAGUUGUACUCGAGAAUUCGUCUACUUGUGUUGCGAGAGAAGUUUCAAUUUCAGGUUAGCAGGUCAAGCCAAAAAAUGUUAACCGUUGUAUGUGCCGACGAUAAUUGUAAGUGGAUGUUACGUGCUUCGAGUGUGAAGCAGUCCACCAUCUUCAUGAUCCGCAAAUUCAACAAUGUGCACACAUGUUCCAUAGAUUAUCGUCGUAAUACACAUCGACAUGCCACUAGUUCCGUAAUUGCUGAGCAGAUUAUGGGAAAAUUGGAUUAUACGUACGGAUCGUAUGAUCCUACCGCUAUUGCUCGUGACAUGGAACGUGAGUUUGGUGUGAAAAUUAGUUACCAUCAAGCACGUAGGGAAAAGGUCGCUGCUUUACAUUUGCUACAUGGUACACCGGGUGAUAGCUUUCAAAAACUUUCUUCAUAUUGUCACGUCCUAAGAGAGAGUAACCCGGGGACAGUAACACACAUCGAAGUAGAUUCUCGUAACAGGUUUCACUACCUUUUCCUAGCUUUCGGUGCAAGCAUUCGGGGUUACUUGCACUACAUGAGGCCCGUUAUUUGUGUUGACAACAGUCACUUGAAAGGUCCGUACAAAGGUACCCUUCUACUGGCAAUUGCCCAAGACGCCAACAAACAGAUUUAUCUGUUAGCGUGGGGGAUUGUUUAUGCCGAAACGAAUAAAUCGUGGAUGUGGUUUUUAUCAAAUUUGAAAGAUCUUAUAGGUGACUCGGACGAAUUGGUGUUUGUUUCCGACAGGAAAAAUAGUAUUAAAAAUGCCAUUGCUAACCUAUUUCCCCUGGCUCACCACGGGUGCUAUGUUUGGCAUAUGGAAAAGAAUUUAAUCCAGCAGUACAACAACGCAAGUUCAAUAUUUCUAUUCAAAAGAGCCACAAGAACUUACCGGAUCGAAGAGUCUGAAAGACUUAUGGGACAUCUUCGUAGGGUUAGUGCAAGAGCGUACGGGUACUUGGAGCGAGUAGGUUUCCCAUUUUGGUCACGUGCACUAUUUGUUGGCCAACGGUACAACAUUUUGACGAACAACAAUGUAGAAUCUUUGAAAUCAAUGUUGAGGCAUGCCCGUUCGUUACCAAUCACGUGCUUAGUGGAACACAUUCGGCAUACUAUGCAGAAGUGGUUUUAUGAACGUCGAGCAAGUGCAACCACAUGCAGUACCGUUCUUUCACCAACGAUGGAGAAUGAGUUACGGACGACGUUCGAAAUAGGUACUAGCCUGCGAGCGCAUGGCUUAACAAAUAAUUUAACACAAGUUGGAAUAUCCAACGACACGGACAUCGUAGACUUCUCCGAAAAGACGUGCACUUGUCGUGAGUUCCAGUUAAAUUGUAUGCCGUGCGUUCAUGCAACCCAUGCUGUUUGCUUGAGAGGUACGUCAUUGUACGAUCUCUUCUCACCGUGUUACACAUCUGAGUACUGGAAGGGUGCCUAUGGAGAAGCUAUAUAUCCUAUUCAGCGUGAAAUGGACUGGAAUGUUCCACCCGAAAUUAUAGGUACUCUUAUUAUGCCCCUAGGGUGCGUCGUCCUCUAG